UUUACUUUUGCAAAAACUAAAGCUUGUCUGUAUACGGUAGACACUGCAUUAAUUGAGGAAUAUGUUAAAAAAAAAGAAGUUUCUAGCUUCAUCCAGAAAGAAGAAACGAAGGUCUAAAAGGACAAUUUGUCCAAUUGUAGUUUCUUGUACAUUUUGCGCUAAAACGCCUUUUUUACCAAAAAGGCAAUUUCAAAUCCAACAAUUACCUUCAGAUUCACGUUCAGCAGAAAAUUUCAUAUAACAAUCACGUGUUUGUGCUCAUUUUUAAAAAUUGUACACAUCAUCCCUUAACAUUUAACCACCCUAAACUCUGUUAAUUUGCAUAAUAUCCACAAUAUUCAAGAGGUAUUUUAUGUUAAAUGUUUUGCUUCACAAUUUUUAUUUAAAACUUUUUUUCUAGCUCUUCCCGAUUUUGAAAAAACACAUAAUUUUCGUGUUUUCAACCUUUGCGCGGGGGUUGAAACGAAAAAUUCUUUGACUAGACGUUUUUAAAUAUUUCGUGGAAGGUUAUAUCAAAAAUUUAAGUCUAUCCUCCACAUUUUAAUGUGACAAUUUAUUUAACUGGGCUAGGUUCGAUACGCACGCCAAUGCGUAGCCGAUCGGACCGCUUUGACCUUCGCUCGUAAAAUCACUUUGCCGGUCUAUAUCUAUGAUCUAUGAUCCAUAGAAUAAGAGAGAGGUUGAAAUCUGUGUUGGUAAAAAAGUUGCGUAGGGAAAUGUGGAAAACUUGAUUAGGAACUAAAAAUUUUGUAGUGGUAAUUCUGACGAAGUAUUAAAAUAGUAAAAUAACACCCUUAGUUAAAGUCGGUUCAACGAUAUUUGGAGGAUACAACCCAAGUAACCCAUUAUCGGUGGUAAUCUUUUAUGACGGUCUGACAAUGGGAUGCUGUGUAAAGCUUGUUUACCUACUCGACCGCAACAAGAAUAUUUCCAGGUCCGCAUUCUGAGUUAGUGCAAUUCUUGUAUCAGCGUUGCCAUCAGUGAACAAUAAAAUUUGUCAAAUUUAACAGAACUCAGAUUAAAGUUAUGAGAACGAUUAAAAAUGCCGGCGGUCGAAAGACUGGAUGAAAUACAAGUGCUAUUUGAUGGAAUUUAAAAGCGUUAAGACAUUGUUUGAGGGAUCGAAGGGACAUGAAGAAAACCUUCAUUGACUCAAUUUUAUCGAGAAUGGACCUACACUGAGAAUAAGGCAUAUGCUAGAACAACCAAUUUUGUUCUUUUAAUCAAAAUAAUAUUUAUUUUAGCUAAGCAAAUGUAAUUUACUUCAAGUAACUGGAAGUAUUUGUUUCGAGUAACAAAAACUGCCACCACGUUUUUGUUUAAUUCAAUUAUAGAUAUGCAUUAAAAAACAGAUAUUAUAAAGUUUGUUGGUUGAAAACGAAUUUUAUACAUUUUUACGCUUUUGUUCCUUCCACGAACACACAAGAGUUUCUGAAUGAAAGCGUUCGUAAUUGCCUUUCAACAAAAGUUGUAUUUAAACCAAAGUGUCGCAGAUAUUUGGCAGUAAAUACACUAUUUUGAACUAAGAAACUUACGAGUUCUUAUAAUAUCUGUGUGUGUUAGUUCUAAGUUAAAGUGCUUGUCUCAACAUCUUCGCAUCAAGCAGCACAAAAUCGAAGCAUAUUCGCACAUUGAACAAUUGAAACCAUUUAGCGUCACAUCACAUUUUUAUAUUUUGAGUGCUGUGUGAGUUAUCUUUUGAUAACUUUAUUAACUAGGUAAAAAAAUAAUUAAAUAUUAUCAGUUUUCAGGAAGGUUUAUUUGUUUUUUAAGAAUGUAUUGACUGAUUUUUGAACGCAAACUCUGAUUACUAAUAAUACACAUGUUUGUAUCAAGAACAAAAUAUAAAUCCGUUUGAUUUAGCUUUCCUUCUUUAUAAAAAACAAUGUAAAGUGUUGAUUUGUAUUAAUACUAAACUAUUGUAACACUCAUACCAACUUUUUAAAACAAGAAAAGUUUAGUUCAAUUGUUAUAUGGGAAAUCGCUUAAAAGGGUUUUCUAAACUUUCGAAAGUAAGUUCUUGUUUCUUUGUAUUUGCCUAAAUGUUGUUAAUAUUUUAAAUAAUUUGUUUUUAAAUUUAGAAGAAGAGAUAGAUAUGGAGGCACUUAGGUGCUUAACAGAAGACAUUUUAAAAGAAUUGAUUCCUACUAUAGGGCCCUGUAUAAAAUUGUUUAAUAAAUUAAAAAUAUUUAAAACAGCAACCGAGGCAGAAACAAUAUCGCUUUCGUACAUUUCCUUAAUGGAACAGUAUUCGUCAUCGACAUCUGAAUCUGUUGUAUUUUUCGCAAAUCAAGGAUAUGUGUUCCAUUAAUACAGUUGAUGAAGUAUGUCAGGAACGGUAUGAGCAAGCCUGUUCUCGGUCUUUCGCUUUUGUGGGGGCCGAAAAGUUAAAAAAGGCUUGCAAAAUGUCAUAUGAUUUGGAUCUGCAACAAUUUUUGUCCGCUACAAAUGCGGGUCAUUUUGUUUUAGAGAGUUACUCAAAAACAACAACUUUAACCACUAAAAGUAGAAAUAUACUCGUAAAUUUAAUUAUUAAGGCUUCAGGGUAUCGAAGCGAUUGUUGAGAAUUGGUGUACUACAAGUUGCAUACUUUUUUUAGACCUGUUUUCAGUGACAGCUGUCAAUCAUCGGAUAGGCAUCCGACCUUCGCCUCGGGGUGUCUUGUCCCUUCUCAUAAAAUGCAAAUAAUGUAAACAAACUGAAUUCCACUAUCGCCCACGAUAGUUUCUCUCAUUUCAGAGAUUCAAGCAACAUACAGUAAAAAAUACGUUUUUUAUUUUGUUAAAAAAAUUUGAUACUAAAGAAUAAUAAAAUACUAGCAUAGUUUUGUAAAAAAUAAUACACCAUUACACCAUUUAUUUAUUGGGUUUUAUGUUUUAAUUAACCGAAUUCUGUUCGCUAUAUUAUGUGUCAUGUGCAUUUCUAAUUGGAUCACUUGCAUUGAAAAAAUAUAAAAUAAAAAAAUUAAUUGGUGAAACAUUAUUGUUCUUUCAGAAAACAGUUUAACUUUAAAAAAGUUACUAGGAAUAUCUCAUUAAAAUGAUGAAAACUUCUUUAAACCCGCUUUUUCGUCUGAUAAUUUUAUCCAGGUAAUAAAUUCUGAAAAAUACAUUGUUGUAAAAAUUUAUUGUAACUAUACCCAGUAAUAAUUAUAGUACAAAUAACGUAUCGAGAGAUUGUAAGAUCCAGUCUUAGGGAUAUAAUUUGUUUACGUUACGCCUAGUAAAAUAAAUGAUACUUUUAUAAUUAUGUAUUAUUUUAGAAUUUAGGAAUUAUUUCUCGUUUUUUUAUUAAAUUUAUACAAUUUUUCUAUAACUAGCUUGCAAAGAUAUAGCUGCGUUACUCUUACAUUAUAUAAAUUUUGUGUAUUUCUUUAAAAUAUAAGUAAACAUUGCUAAAGAUCGGGUACCUGAAACUGAAAUCACAUGUAAACAAAAAUGUUUAUUAGAAAGUUUAGAAAGUUUUUCAUAAGCUCAUGAGUCAUAAGACUUGUAUUUAGUGGAGGGUUUAGGGUGGUGGUUGGUACUUAUAUAUAAUCAAAACAUAUAGUUCUACAACUUCUUUACUCUUUGAGUCUUUGCAGAGUGCUGGUCACUUUCUUGCCCCACAGUGUUUUGUAAUAAGUGGUAAUUUUUAAACAGUGGUAUUUGUAGUUUUUAAUUUGUUACUUUGCAGAAUAUCAAUUUUAUCUAUUUCUUUUUAUUUAAUUAUUUGUUGCGACUGCUGGUUGGUAAGUGUAUUUCCUAAUUUCUUAUUAUAUCACUUGUAAAUAGUUGAAAUCUUUGUAUAUUUAAAAUUAUGGGUAAUAAUAGUAAACUAAGUUUUUCAAAAAAAAGAAAAAGUCGAAAACAAAUAAUGCGUAAUUUUUGGAAAAAACAACGAAAGGGUUCUAAAACGGAAUUUCCAAGUAAAUCAAGUCUCGCGGAGUGUAGCUUUCAGUCAAUUGAAUCAAGUUCCGAUGAUGAUGAAGUAUUUGUUAUUGAGAAAGAUACUAGUCAAGAACAAAUUUAUAUUCCAAGCGGUAGAAGGAUUGUUGACAUCGGUCAUUUAUUUUCGGAGUUAAAAAACAUAAAACAUGACAUUUAUUCUUGCAGUUUUUUCAACGUUGACAUAGUACAUGAAGCGCAUUUUGGUUUUAAAAGUGUUUUUAAAUAUAAAUGUAGUAUGUUAAAAUUUUUUAAAUAUAAAUGUCCAUUUAGCUCAAGAAACACAAAUAUUAAAACUGCCAUAGAACAAAAAUUGAUUAAAUACUUAGAAAUAGAUUCUCAAGAUGAUAGUAAAAUAGUUUUAAAAGAAAAAGAUAAUUACAUGUAUCAAGUACAAGGUCAGCUCCACAUUACUAAUCGCCAAACUUGUUUUUUUAUAGUGUACACCUUUACAGAUUUAAAAUAUUGUAUUAUUGAGAAAGACGAUAGUAAAUAUUGGAACGGAAGAAUGAUAGAUUGUCUUGAAAAUUUUUAUAUGAAUGCCAUGUUACCAGAAAUAAUUGAUUCAAGACAUAGUCGCAAUUUACCAUUACGCAGCAUAAUAAAAAAGGAUUUGUAAAUAAUAUUUCAAGUUUAGUUUUAGAGAUUUUUACAUAAAUACAUAAUAUGAUGAUAAGCAUUUUAAUAAUAAUUAUAAUUUUUAAUUUGAACAAUAAAAGUAAAAAAAAACUUCCUCAGUGGGUUGACACCUUGUCGUGGUGAGGGAGCUCAGUAGUUCUAUCACAAAACCUGUGCAGAACGAAGCUAAGUACAACCAAAGUUUUAAUCAUCUUUUUUUAUAUUUUUUUAAAACAGGAAUAAUUUUAUUGUUAAAAGUAUUCAAAAAAAUAGCGAGCGUGAUUACUCGUAUUUCAAAAUCUCAUAAGAUACGUUGAUAGCAGUGUCUACAAAAAAACGUAAUGCAAAUCUAUAGGUAUGGUAGCGCUCAGCUCCGUUUGCGUGUGCGUCAUCUGACAUUUCUGUCACUACGUUUACAUAGCAGGGGCAUAGCGGUGACAAACUAUCAAAUAUUUUUUGAGGUUACGAAGUGUUUAAAUUAUGAGUUGUUACAAAAAAUACAGAUUCACAAAACAAGAACUAAUAAACGCAGAAUCAAAAACCUAACGAAAAGCAAAUCACAAAACACAAUAAACGAACAGAAAAUACUUGCGAUUAACAUCGAUAACACUUUCGACAACCAUGCGACGACGUCUAUAAUUUACUGUCAAUUCGUGACACUUGAUGGUGUUGUCGAAGUGCACAUGUAAAUUAAUGUUCAAGGAUACCACCCUUAGAUAGCCCUUAGCUGUUUAAAUUUGCAUUGUUUUUGAUAAUUUUUUAUAGCUUUGUGUUGGUAAUGAAAAAAUGAAAUUGAUGACGCACACGCAAAUCGAGCUGACCGCCACUAUACCUAAUUAUUUUGUUAAAAAAAUUAAUUCCGAAAUCAUGUGCUUUAAUUUUAUACCACUAUUAGAGAAAUCGCUAAAAUUCCUAUUUGUGCCGAUACAUUUCUCUGUCUUGAACAAAUGCAAUAAGAUUAUUAUAUAGCGCACUGGCUGAGGCUGUGAAUGGGUGGGCAAUAUGGUUUAAUUGUUUAUUAGAACUCUCCAGAAUUAUAAUUUUAGAAAACUGACUGCCGAAGAUUUCGAGAAUCUUUCCAAAAAAAUUUCUGAAUUGUUUAAAUCAGAACAUGUUGCAACCUAUUAUAUUCCACGAUGUAGUGGUGGAGCUGGGCCAUUCAAAAAGAAACCGGUAAAUACCAAAGGAAAACUCGUGGACAAAUAUAGGAAUUUAAAGCAAUUAUAUAAUAUAACAAACAAUUCUGAAGAAGAAUCAGAAACGGAUCAAGAAAUACUUAAUAAUCCUGUUACUGGUAAGCAAAGAUCACAUCAUAAUAUGCUAUUGUAUUAUGUCUUAUAUUGUAUACAUGAGUACUUAUAUAUUUUACUUUCAAUAAACCUUAAACAUGAUAUGGAUGCUAGUGCCAAAUGGCUGAAGCAUUGGAAUGAACCCUUUGAGACAGUGUUAUCGCACUGGAACAAUUCAUUUGCGAUGCGUCGUGCUAGCACGGUGAAAACUAGAUCAGUUUUUAGUAGAAUGGCCUAUUUUAAAACAUAAAGUUGCUACAGUAUUAGUAUGUAAAUUUAUAUUGAUACGGAUUUUAAAAAAAUGUUUCCCGAUGCAACAGAAAUGUAUUCAAAAUGGGAUAUAUUUUACGAGAAACUAUUAAAUUGUGAAAAUGUAAAUAAGCUAGAUGACAUUGUUUUGACCCAAUUGAAAAAUGAAACUUUAUCAGAAGAUGGUAGUUUGCGUUACAAAUCACCACCUUGCCCCUUUUGUUUCCACCGAAAGGAAGAUCUGGUAAAAAAUGUGCAUUGGAAACCCAGCAUAGUCGAGUGCGAAGAGAGCAUUAUAAAUCACGUUAAGAUUUGUGGAGAAAUCGAAAAUUUUAUUAUCCAAAGACGGCCAGUAAUAUCGGAACUAACGCAGAGCUACUUGAUUAUUGAUGCCUUCAUUUACAAAGACCAGGUCGUGCCACAUUGCCACACGUAAAUUCGGUUACUCCAAGAACACGAACAGUGGAUGAUUUGAAAAAGAAAUUUGAAGGCAGCGAACAAGUACACGGCUUUUGUUAAUAAUGCUGUUUAACUGGAAUUGCCGAAAAGCUGACUCCAAGCUCAUUCCCUCAACAUUUUCCGAGAAAGUGCUUUCUUUUACAGAAACUAAGAAGUUUCAAAAACUAAAACUAGUAACUGGGACCUACUUUAAACUUACCUCUACAUAUUUUAUAGUUAAAACGGUGACCUUAAUACUUAUAGUUGUGUAAAUUUUCAGUGUGGAUGUAUGUACAUAACCUUUCUAUACUAAAGAAAGCUGUAGUUCAUGAAUUUUUUAUUAUUUAUUUCAGUAUAAAUAUUGUAUUGUAGUACAU